AUGGCUGAAAUCGUUAGCGCCUUCAUCACUUUGCUCUGUGGGAAGCUCAACUCCGCAGACUUGAUGAAGCUGGCUCAAUCUAAAGGAAUCGAUACUCAGCUAAAAAAAUUGAAGAAAACCUUGCCCCUGAUCCAAGCUGUGCUUGCUGAAGCAAGAAAUAAGCAGAUAACAUACAUAGCUGCUCAACGGUGGCUGUACGAUCUCUAUGAAUUGACUUACGAUAUAGACGACUUACUCGAUGAUUUAACCACCGAAGAUAUGCGACGCAAGUUGAAUGAAGAAUCCCGUGCUAGCAUCAGCAAUACGGUUUUGAAGUUAUUGUCAAGUUUUAAGUCAUAUAGAAGGGAGAGACGGUUGGAGGAAAUUCCAGUUGAGUCGCAAAUAAUUGGUCGGGAAAGGGAUAAAGAGGCAUUGCUGAUGAAGUUGUUGGGAAGUGAUGAAAAUGUUGGCAUAGUGUCCAUAGUUGGUAUGGCUGGGGUAGGCAAAACCGCUCUUGCUAAAGUUUUGUACAACGAGGAGAAACUGAAGGAUCACUUUGAACUUAGAGCGUGGGUUUGUGUUACUGAGGCAUACAGUAUAUUUCAUAUCGGCCAGUCCAUUUGGGAAGCUGUAAGCGGGGAGGCCAAAAGAUUUCCUGAUCUUAAUCUGCUUCAUGUGUCCCUCAAAGAAAAACUUUCAAAGAAGAGGUUCCUACUUGUUCUUGAUGAUGUAUGGAACAUAGACUACCUUUUAUGGAAACUUCUUGGAAGCCCGCCUCUUGUAGGUGCACCUGGAAGUAAAGUUAUUGUCACAACCGGGAGAACCGGGGUUGCAUCAGUGAUGGGCUCUAAUGAAACUUACCAUUUGGAGGUUUUGUCAAAUGAAGAUGCUCUGUCUUUAUUUGUUCAACAUGCCUUGGGUGAAAAAAACUUUGACAAACAUCCAACACUUCGGUUGCAUGGUGAAGCUAUUGUGAAGAAAUGUGGUGGAUUACCUCUUGCUCUAAUAAUGCUUGGGAGGGUCUUGAAGACUCUAAAACUAAGUUACUAUCAUCUCCCUCCACAUUUGAAGCUGUUGUUUGCAUACUGCUCCUUCUUUCCUAAGGGCUAUGUGUUUGACAAGAAAACGUUAGUCCUAAUGUGGAUGGCAGAAGGCUUCUUGUCCCAAUCAAUACGCGACAAGUCAAUGGAGAGUUUGGGUUAUGAGUCUUUUGAAGAGCUAAAGUCAAGAUCAUUUUUUCAAUAUUCAACAAAUGACGAAGUAGGGCAUACAAUGCAUUACCUUCUAGGUGACUUGGCAACAAGUGUUGCAGGAGAGUUUUUCUUUAGAUCCGAUGAAGAGAUGGAUGUAUCAAACAUGAAUGAAACAUUUGAGAAGUUACGCCACUUUUCACUUAAAGCUCUACAAGGCGACUCAUAUAAAAAGCUGAUCAAGGAAUUACAAAGAUCCAAACGUUUGCGGACUUUCUUACUAAUGUCAUCUGGUUGGAAAAGUAAUAACUUAUUGAACAAUUUUCUUGUUGAAUUACUUCCUGACCUACAGUUCCUAAGGGUGCUCAGCCUAAGUGGUUGGAAUAUCACAAAGAUCCCUCAAUCCAUUGGUGAUCUCAAGCAUUUGCGGUACCUCAAUGUUUCUAAUACUAGAAUCACAUGUUUGCCUGAACAAGUAAGUGACCUUUGUAAUUUACAAAGCUUGUUGGUUAGUGGUUGUUAUGAGUUAUCUGCCUUGCCUGAAAGUUUUGUUAACUUAAUAAACCUGCGGCAUCUUGACAUAAGUCGUACUCCAAAGUUAAACAAGAUGCCCUUAGGGAUUGGUGGGUUGACGAGUCUACAAACUCUACCAAAGGUUGUUAUUGAAAGAGAUAACGGCUUCAAAAUAUCCGACCUUAAGGAUCUAUCGAAUCUUCAAGGCCAACUUUCUAUCAUGGGGCUGGACAAAGUGAUAAGUCCACUGCAAGCAAAGGAUGCCAACUUACAUGAAAAGGAGGGUCUUGAUGUUUUGGAUAUGGAAUGGAGUGAUGUGUUUGAUGAUUAUCGGAAUGAGAUGAUUGAAUAUGAAGUACUUGAAGAGCUAAGGCCUCAUCAUAAGUUGAGAAAUCUGAAGAUUUUGUUCUACAAAGGAAUGACAUUUCCUGAUUGGGUCAGUGAUCCCUCAUUUGACCAGUUAACUGAGCUUACAUUAUGUGGGUGUAGAAAUGAUUGUUUACCAAUGCUUGGACGUCUACCUUCACUUGGUAAAUUGUUUGUUAAAAGAAUGAAUGAGGUGGAGACAGUGGAUUUUGAGUUACUUUCAUCUACUAAUUCUUUCCUUGGUGUUGCCUUUCCAUCACUUGAAGUUUUGAAAUUUGAUGAUAUGCAAGAAUGGAUGGGAUGGUUCAUUAGUGGUGGCAAUUACUAUGGAACUAAAAAACCGUUUCCUCGUCUGCGACUUGUUCAACUAGAUGAAGAGCAUUUAAUGUGUCUUGGGGCCGUUGAAGAUCUAUAUAUUGAUAGAUGUGAUGAAUUAAGAUACUUAGGGGAACCAGAAACGGAGGACUAUGAGUUUCUUAGCAGUUUACAGAAGUUGGAGGUACGUAACUAUGACGCAUUAGAGAGUUUGAUUUGUCCAAAUCGUGUGGAGAGUCUCACAUCUUUGGAAGAACUGUUUAUACGUGAUUGUCCGGGUAUAGAUUACUCCUUUCCUUGUGGGUUGUGGCCUCCUAAUUUACGUAGCCUUGACAUAGGAUACUUGAAUAAGCCCAUGUCAGAGUGGGGCCCACAAAAAUUUCCAACCUCACUUGUUGAACUACUUCUAUAUGGAAAACAUUCAGGAGUCGUUUCAUUUGCUGUGGGAGAACAUGCGAGUAAUACCACUACAUCAUGUUUUCUUCUUCCACCAUCUCUAACUUCUCUAGGGCUCAAUUGUUUUAUGGAAGUGGAAUCACUUUCAGAGGUUCUACAACACCUGCCCGGCCUUAAAAGUCUUCAAAUUUGGGCAUGCCCGAAACUUAGAGAUCUGCCCGAGACAACUUCGUCUUUGACAGUAAAAGUGUGGAUGUAG